UGGACCCCAGCACCUGACCUGGGCCUGCUUGCCCUGCAGGACGAGCAGAGAAGGGAGUUCCUCCGUGACAAGUAAUUAUGUGCUGUGAGUGGCUGAGAUGCUGCGGUGGGGGAGAGCCCAGGCCCCGCACGGUCUGGCUGGGGCACCCCGAGAAGAGGGACCAGAGGUACCCCCGAAAUGUCAUCAACAACCAGAAGUACAACUUCUUCACCUUUCUUCCUGGGGUGCUGUUCAACCAGUUCAAGUACUUCUUCAACCUCUAUUUCUUACUCCUCGCCUGCUCGCAGUUUGUACCUGAAAUGAGACUCGGUGCGCUCUACACCUACUGGGUCCCCCUGGGCUUCGUGCUGGCCGUCACCAUCAUCCGAGAGGCGGUGGAGGAAAUCCGAUGCUACCUGCGGGACAAGGAAGUCAACUCCCAGGUCUACAGCCGGCUCACAGUGAGAGGGACCGUGAAGGUGAAGAGUGCCAACAUCCAAGUGGGAGACCUGAUCAUCGUCGAAAAGAACCAGCGGGUGCCUGCUGACAUGAUCUUCCUGAGGACAUCAGAAAAGAACGGGUCUUGCUUCCUGCGGACGGAUCAGCUGGACGGGGAGACGGACUGGAAGCUGCGGCUCCCGGUGGCCUGCACGCAGAGGCUCCCCACGGCCGCCGAUCUUCUUCAGAUUCGAUCGUAUAUCUACGCGGAGGAGCCGAGCAUCGACAUCCACAAUUUUGUGGGAACAUUUACCAGGGAGGACAGCGACCCUUCGAUCAGCGAGAGCCUGAGCAUCGAGAACGCGCUGUGGGCCGGCACCGUCAUCGCCUCAGGAACUGUUGUGGGUGUUGUUCUUUACACGGGCAGAGAACUCCGGAGUGUCAUGAAUACCUCCAAUCCCCGAAGUAAGAUUGGCCUGUUUGACCUGGAAGUGAACUGUCUCACGAAGAUCCUCUUUGGUGCUCUGGUGGUGGUGUCACUGGUCAUGGUGGCCCUUCAGCACUUCGCUGGACGCUGGUACCUGCAGAUCAUCCGCUUCCUCCUCCUGUUUUCCAACAUCAUUCCCAUCAGUUUGCGUGUGAACCUGGACAUGGGCAAGAUCGUGUACAGCUGGGUGAUUCGAAGGGAUUCAAAAAUCCCGGGCACGGUGGUCCGCUCCAGCACGAUCCCUGAGCAGCUGGGGAGGAUCUCUUACCUGCUCACGGACAAGACAGGAACUCUUACCCAGAACGAGAUGGUUUUCAAGCGGCUCCACCUGGGCACAGUGGCCUACGGCCUCGACUCCAUGGACGAAGUGCAGAGCCACAUCUUCAGCAUCUACACCCAGCAGUCCCAGGACCCGCCUGCUCAGAAGGGCCCCACCAUCACCACCAAGGUCCGGCGGACCAUGAGCAGCCGCGUGCACGAGGCCGUGAAGGCCAUCGCACUCUGCCACAACGUGACCCCCGUGUACGAGUCCAACGGCGUGACCGACCAGGCCGAGGCCGAGAAGCAGUAUGAAGACUCGUGCCGUGUGUACCAGGCGUCCAGCCCGGACGAGGUGGCCCUGGUACAGUGGACCGAAAGUGUGGGCUUAACCCUGGUGGGCCGGGACCAGUCUUCCAUGCAGCUGAGGACCCCUGGCGACCAGAUCCUGAACUUCACCAUCUUGCAAAUCUUCCCUUUCACCUACGAGAGCAAGCGCAUGGGCAUCAUCGUGAGGGAUGAAUCAACGGGGGAAAUUACCUUCUACAUCAAGGGAGCUGACGUCGUCAUGGCUGGCAUCGUGCAGUACAACGACUGGCUGGAGGAAGAGUGUGGGAACAUGGCCCGAGAGGGGCUGCGGGUGCUCGUGGUGGCGAAGAAGUCUCUGGCCGAGGAGCAGUAUCAGGACUUCGAGGCUCGCUACGUGCAGGCCAAGCUGAGCGUGCACGACCGUUCCCUCAAAGUGGCCACGGUGAUCGAGAGCCUGGAGAUGGAGAUGGAGCUGCUGUGCCUGACGGGGGUGGAAGACCAGCUGCAGGCAGACGUGAGGCCCACGCUGGAGACGCUGCGGAACGCCGGCAUCAAGGUUUGGAUGCUGACGGGGGACAAGCUGGAGACAGCCACAUGCACAGCGAAGAACGCGCAUCUGGUGACCAGAAACCAAGACAUCCACGUGUUUCGGCUGGUGACCAACCGCGGCGAGGCCCACCUGGAGCUGAACGCCUUCCGCAGGAAACACGACUGUGCCCUGGUCAUCUCUGGAGACUCCCUGGAGAUCUGCCUCAAGUACUACGAGUACGAGUUCAUGGAGCUGGCCUGCCAGUGCCCGGCCGUGGUCUGCUGUCGCUGCGCCCCCACGCAAAAGGCCCAGAUCGUGCGUCUGCUGCAGGAGCGCACGGGGAAGCUCACCUGUGCAGUAGGUGACGGCGGCAAUGACGUCAGUAUGAUUCAGGAGUCUGACUGCGGCGUGGGCGUCGAGGGGAAGGAAGGAAAACAGGCCUCGCUGGCUGCAGACUUCUCCAUCACCCAGUUCAAGCACCUCGGCCGCUUGCUCAUGGUGCACGGCCGGAACAGCUACAAGCGCUCGGCCGCCCUCAGCCAGUUCGUGAUCCACAGGAGCCUGUGCAUCAGCACCAUGCAGGCUGUCUUCUCCUCUGUGUUUUACUUUGCAUCCGUUCCUCUGUACCAAGGAUUCCUCAUCAUUGGGUACUCCACCAUCUACACCAUGUUCCCUGUGUUUUCUCUGGUCCUGGACAAAGACGUCAAGUCAGAAGUUGCCAUGCUGUAUCCUGAGCUCUACAAGGAUCUCCUCAAGGGACGGCCAUUGUCCUACAAGACAUUCUUAAUAUGGGUUUUGAUCAGCAUCUAUCAAGGGAGCACCAUCAUGUACGGGGCGCUGCUGCUCUUCGAGUCGGAGUUCGUGCACAUCGUGGCGAUUUCCUUCACGUCGCUGAUCCUCACGGAGCUGCUGAUGGUGGCCCUGACCAUCCAGACCUGGCACUGGCUCAUGACGGUGGCCGAGCUGCUCAGCCUGGCCUGCUACAUCGCCUCCCUGGUGUUCCUACACGAAUUCAUCGAUGUGUACUUCAUCGCCACUCUGUCCUUCCUGUGGAAAGUCUCUGUUAUCACCCUGGUCAGCUGCCUGCCCCUCUACAUCCUCAAGUACCUGCGCAGACGGUUCUCCCCGCCCAGCUACUCCAAGCUCACCUCGUAGGCUGUGUGCGCGGUGGCGGGCGUCUGGUCCCUGCUCUCCUGCCGGACAGAGUUCAGUCCGUUCGUCCUGACCGCCCGAGGGCUCUGCAGGAGGGGCUGCACGUGCGGUGUGGACGAGAAGAGGCUCUGCCUGGAGUCCUGCCCGAGUACACGGGAGGGAGGCCCAAGGAGCCCGCGGCCUGUGUGAACCCCAUGGUUCUGCCUGGAGUGAAUGUGAAUGUGUCCCCGUGGGUGGCUCAGCCAAGAGAUUUAUACGCGGGUCACUGUGCAAGCGUCCUUAUGACUUGAAUUUCGUUGUCAUGUGAUAAAGUUUCUGUCUAGUUGGAGAUUGUAGAGGACUUUUGGUUGGUUGGUUUUUUUCAACAAUCCUAACGUGUGUGCA